AUGGCGGCGCCCCUGACAUGGAAAAGACUUCUGUUCUCCGUGUACACUCCUGCGCUUUCCUGGGUUUUCACGAGGAUUUCAGACAGAUUCUUCAAGACACAUGAUCAGAGGAGAGGGUCCACUGUGCUACUCUCGGCCCCUCUUCUGGCAGAGGCUGACCCAGCCCCCGUGGCCUCCUCCAGGCCUCCAGGCUUCACUGGAGCUGAGGGCCUCCACACUCGGUUCCACUGGAUGUCUGAUCAUGUACCCGCUUUCAGGGUCCCAGGGGGACACAUUCACAUCCUGUACUCACCUGAUGAGUUUUAUCAGACUAUGAAGGCUCUAAUCAAAACGGCCAAGAGCCGUGUGGUGAUGGCAUCUCUUUACCUUGGCACAGGACCUCUUGAGCAAGAUCUUGUUGAUUGCAUGGAAGAGGCAUUAGAGCGUUCGCAGGGAGAGGAUGCACCUGAUCUCAAAGUUUCUUUUCUGCUGGAUUAUACCAGAGGUUCAAGAGGUAAGCACAAUUCGCGCACAAUGUUAUUGCCGCUACUUCAGCGUUUCCCAGAGCAGAUGAGAGUGUCCCUGUACCACACUCCAGACCUGCGGGGUCUAAUGCGUCUUCUGGUGCCUGAACGCUUUAACGAAACUAUUGGAGUACAGCACAUCAAGGCGUACCUUUUUGACAACAGUCUCAUCAUAAGUGGGGCCAAUCUGAGCGACUCCUAUUUCACUAAUCGUCAGGAUCGUUAUGUACUUUUGGAGGACUGCCAGGAGGUGGCUGAUUUCUUUGCUGAACUGGUGGGAGCCGUGGGAGAUGUGUCACUGCAGCUCCAGCCUGACAACAGUGUGCACAUGAUGGAGGGGAUGGUGCAUCCCUACAAAGGUAAUAGAGCAGAUUUCUCAGCAUCAGCACAGAGAUGGAUCAUGGACGUGGUGAACACGGCACGUGUCCGGCAGAGCAUGCUAGAAGCGGAAAGCUCGGAGGUUCCAGACUGCGAUGGUACAGUGCCAAAUGACACCUGGAUCUUUCCUCUGGUGCAAAUGAAGCCCCUGGGCAUUUACCUGGAUGAGCAAGUAACAAAGCGACUACUCGCAGAGGCAGGUGGAGACUCAACCGUCUACCUGACGUCUGGUUACUUCAACUUAACGCGCACCUACAUGCAGCUGGUGUUGCGUGCUGCAGCAGACUACCGUAUCCUCAUGGCCUCACCAGAGGUUAAUGGUUUUUUUGGGGCCAAAGGAGUAGCAGGGGCAAUCCCUGAGGCCUACGUUCAUCUUGCUCGACAGUUCUACAACAAGGUGAAUCAACAGGGACAGCAGAGUCGUGUCCACUUGCACGAAUACCACCGUCCUGAUUGGACAUUCCAUGCUAAAGGGUUGUGGUACUAUGUGAGAGAAAGGGAUCGCCCCUGCCUCACUCUUAUUGGCUCCCCGAAUUUUGGCUAUCGCUCUGUGCACAGAGAUCUGGAGGCUCAGAUUGCCAUAGUAACUGAGAAUGAGGAACUCCAGAACCAACUGCAACAGGAGCAGGAGAUGUUGUAUCAGAGCUCAACAGAAGUGUCAAGUUCAACAUUUAAUCAGCCUAACCGCUAUGUGAAGUUAUGGGUUAAACUGGUUACACCACUCAUCAAGAACUUCUUCUGAAAAACGGCAAGCCUGAGUUGGCUGAUAUCUUACAAUCCAUGAAAGGUUGAAGGUCCAGAUGAAGGUGGGCCGACAUGUGUGUUUGAACACGGGAUAAAUAUUUGUGGUUUCCUGACACUCUGUGGAUGGCUUUGAUUCUUGUAUGACUAAUAACCCCAGACUGGGUGUCCCUGCGGGCUACAGUGACAAUAAUGCUGGAGACCACUCAACAAUUGUGCUCAGUGGUGUUAUGUUCAAUAACAUUUAUUCAGCUUCUAACAACCUCUGCUCAUUUCUAAAGGAGAAAAUGCAUGUACAACCAGUAUAAUACAUGAAAGGCUGCAGUAUAAAAGAUUGUGUGAUAGACAUGUAUUUGUAAGCUUGUAUGGUUUAAUGUGAAGUGAUCAUAAUGCAUUUACUUAUGUUUAUUUUAAUUGUCUGCUGUAGACAUUUGUCUUGUCAUUGUUAUUAGAAUUUGAAUUCUGUUCAAAAAACUUUUCAUUUCCACUUUCUAUUGUAAUCUUGUUUUUAUUUUUACUACAUAUUAUGCUAAUAUUACAGGUAAGUGAGAAAGUUGAUCUCAGGGGUAUUUGAAAUGAUACAGUUUAUGUCACAAAUGUUGUUACCUCAGUCUUUAACUCAUCUGUAUUUUCCCAGAUUAAAUUGUCAAUCUCUUCUUUUUCCAAAACCUUAACACUUCCCUCCUUAUAAAGUUUUAUCACUUACAUCUCCUGGAGCAUUGGUUAUACAUGAGGACUAAAAAUGAGCAUGAAUUUCAUUUUACUGUGAAAGAGAUUUAGGGACAGCUUCAAAUACUGACCAGGCAUAAUUUAACAUUUAUUGGAAAUGUUUGGAAAACAAUUACUCAACAAGCCUGGAGUGGAAAUGAGCACCCUUGUAUUCAUUUGUAGUAUUUUCCUGACUGUGUAGUUACUUUGCCCUUAAAGGGAUUUUGGCAGUAUUAUUUUAACAUCAAUGUCUGAAUUGUUUGAAAAAAACAUGAUUGUACUUUUUCCUGAGAAUGUUUUGAAUUUGGUGCCAAUUUGCAAGAGCAUUUGCUUCGGUUCAUCAACAUUGAGACCAAGGUUUUUUUAAAUUGCUUUCUUUUGACUUUACUUACAAAUGUAACUAGAUUCAAAUGUUAUAAUUAACAGUUUGGCAGAGACUAACACAGAAACACUGGAAACUUGAUUUAUAAUGGCACUGUUUCAAGCUUUUUACAGAUUGAUAUGUUACAUGACAAAGCCUUACAUGUUGUCAAGCGCACACGAGUCUCAAAUAAAACGAAAAAAAAAUGUUCUGUACUAUAAGAAGGCAAAGUG